UUACGAUUUUGCCCCAAGUCUUGCACUUUCCUACCUUCUAUUAAUGUUCUCCCUCCACUCUUUCACCUUCAGAAAAUUUAACAGAGCACUCGGUCUUCAGCCAUGGCGAUUACAUUCCUUCAUGCAGUAUCACUCUUCGUUUUAUCUGUUAACCUCGCAAAUUGCCAAUCAUUUAUCGGCGUAAACUACGGCCAAGUCGCCGACAACCUCCCGCCACCGUCAUCCACCGCGAAGCUGCUCCAGUCCACCUCAAUACAAAAGGUUCGGCUUUACGGUUCCGACCCGGCCAUAAUCAAAGCCCUGGCGAACACCGGCGUCGGAAUCGUCAUCGGAGCGGCGAACGGUGACAUCCCGGGUCUCGCAUCCGACCCGAGUUUCGCCAAGAGCUGGGUCGGCGCCAACGUGUCCCCUUUCUACCCGGCGAGCAACAUUAUCCUCAUAACCGUCGGCAACGAGGUGUUGACAUCCGGCGAGCAGGGCCUAAUUUCUCAGCUGGUCCCGGCGAUUCAGAAUGUCCAAAACGCCCUCAAUUCCGCGUCUCUUGGAGGGAAAAUCAAGGUCUCCACCGUACAUUCCAUGGCGGUGCUCAAGCAAUCCGAACCGCCGUCCUCUGGAAGCUUCGACCCCGGUUUCGGCGACGUUAUGAAGGGGUUGCUUGGGUUUAACAACGCCACCGGUUCGCCUUUCGCAAUCAACCCGUACCCGUAUUUCGCCUACCGGAGCGACCCGAGACCCGAGACACUUGCUUUUUGCCUAUUCCAACCGAAUGAGGGGCGGCUCGACACCAACACAAAUAUUAAGUAUAUGAACAUGUUCGAUGCUCAGGUGGAUGCAAUAAGAUCGGCAUUGGACUCCAUGGGCUUCAAGGGCGUGGAAAUUGUGGUGGCGGAGACCGGAUGGCCGUACAAAGGAGACGACAAUGAGGUUGGUCCGAGUGUCGAGAACGCAAAAGCUUAUAACGGAAACCUGAUUGCGCACCUUCGAUCGAUGGUUGGGACGCCACUGAUGCCGGGGAAGUCUGUGGACACUUACCUCUUCGCACUCUAUGAUGAGAACUUGAAGCCUGGCCCUGGGUCUGAGAGAGCAUUUGGUCUCUUCAAGCCUGACCUCACCAUGGCUUAUGAUGUUGGCCUCUCCAAGAGCAGCCAGACCCCUACCACGCCCAUCACACCCACCACGCCGUCUAUGCCAACCACGCCGUCUACGCCAUCCGCGUCACCUAUGCCUUCGGCAGUACCCAAAACGCCGGUUAACCCAUCGGGGCCAAAUCCGAAGAAAGAAUCAUAUUGUGUACCCAAGGCCGGCGUAUCGGACUCUCAGUUGCAGGCUAAUAUAGAUUAUGUUUGUGGACGUGGUUUCGAUUGCACUCCAAUUCAACCUGGAGGGUCUUGUUUUGAACCAAACAACGUAAAAUCCCACGCUGCAUAUGCCAUGAAUCUCCUCUAUCAAACCACCGGCGGGGAUCCUCAAAACUGCGAUUUUUCGCAAACCGCCACACUCUCAUCCAACAACCCUAGCUAUGAUAGCUGCAACUACCCAGGUGGGAGUACCUAAAGAUGUAUGGAGGAACCUGGGAAGACUCGGAAUGUGUAUGGAGGGAUUUCAGUUAAUCUGCCUCCCUAAUAUGUGUGUUUGCUUAGGAAUUAGGUUUCCUUGUCAAGAAGUGUUUGUAUAUUUAUCUUGUGAGGGAGUUGGUGUUUGAUGUCAUGGUUUUGGGUACUCAAAUUUGUACUUGAGUCUUCUAAUUAUGCAAUUCAUGUUUUUUCUAA